UCUCUCUCUCCCACCCCCCUCCAGCUGAGGUCCAAUCAGUCGGAUACUGUGUGCGAGAGUCAGGAGUACCGCUCCUUUCCCCAUCACCGAUCUCCCCACUCUGACUCGAAUCUGCUCUCCCGGGAUGAGUGGGAUCCCCUCAGCACCAAGGCUCAGCUGCGACAGGAGUGCGCUGGCUAUGGAACGACGGGGCAGAGUCUGACGGAAGGAAAAAUAAGAGACUCCCUUCAUCAAGCCUUGGCUAAGGUGAACGGUGGAGCCGGCUGCUUUUAAUCAACCCCGGACGAAGGUAGAGCGCCGGACAGCUGUAACCAUGAGGGGGGGCCAGCGGACGCUCCAAGCCCCCACCAGGUCUAGCUAGAGCUUCCCACAGCCGCCCAGUCCCACCCGGCCACCCCCCGCAUGCUGACGGGAAGAUGAGCGUCACCGACCGGCGUCCCUUCAACGUCCUGGCCGUCAUCUUCCUCUUACUGUCCACUGCAGCUCUCUCGGCACACUUCCGGGUGUGUGAGCCCUACUCCGACCACAAGGGGCGCUACCACUUCGGCUUCCACUGCCCGCGCCUUUCCGACAACAAGACCUACAUGUUCUGCUGCCACCACAACAACACGGCGUUUAAGUACUGCUGCAACGAGACCGAGUUCCAGAACAUCAUGCAGCUCAACUUAACAAGUACCUCCGAUGGCCUCACGCACAACAACUACACGGCUCUUGUUGGCGUGUGGAUCUAUGGCUUCUUCGUCAUGGUCUUGCUGGCCCUGGACUUCCUCUACUACUCGGCCAUGAACUAUGAGCUGUGCCGAGUCUACCUGGAGAAGUGGGGCUUGGGGGGACGGUGGCUGAAGCGGGCCAGGAGCCAGUGGGCCAGCGCGGCGCAGGCGGACGACGGGGCCUUGUCACAUCCCAUUACUCUGGCUCAUCAUCCCAGACACAGCCUGAGAGGGGAGGCCCAGAGUCCAUCCGCCAUGUCCUACCACACAUCCACAGCCUGAAAGAUGCUAAGAUGACAUUGUACAGCUGUGAAACCAGGGAGAGGACAAUCCGCAGCGACACCACCAAGGAACUGGCCUCCAUCUUCAGCAGCUGGGACACCCUGGUGGAUGGACCCCGUAUCUCUUCCUUUUAGCUGUCCCUCUGGGUGCCUGAUAAAAGUAUCUCACCUGGGUAAAAGGAGCUGGGAAGAGGCUCACCCAAGGUUUGUGAUUUUGGAUGGGACCCCGAGUACUUGGCCUGUGGGGCUAUUUUUUUUUUUUGUUUGUUUUUUUUUGUUUUUUUUAACGGGAACAGCGCCACCUCUCUUCUGCCGGCAGGCGUGACUCCAAGAUUUGCUGGCACGGUCGGGAGCAGCGUUCUACAGCACUCUGCGAAAUGGGGUUUUAUAACCAACAAGAAGGGAAAAAAGAUUGUGUCUCAGCACCAUAUGGGUUGUCAUUGUCCUACUCUGUUCCAGGUAUGGAUAGUUAUUAGAAUUUGUGGUAGGAUUUUUUUAGGGGGGGGGUUUAAUCGACGUGAGGCUGUCAGGGAAGGAGAGAAAUGUGAAUCUGGAACAUCGGUAAAAUCAUAAAGGUUAUUUCUGCUUCCAAAAUAAAACAAAAAAAAAGAUUUAAUACACCCAUCAAUACAUGAAAUAUGAAUUAUUUUGCCUCCCUUUAAUGCAAUACAGGGCAGACAUAUUUGAAACGACUCUGUCUCUCGUUGCUAUGGUAGCCAGAUUUACAGGGCUACGCUUGGUCAUCAGUUCACUUACUUGAAACACUGGAGUGGUUAAUUCCUGUUAACAGUAAUUGGAUUUGCGAUGCCAGAAUUGCCCAAAUCACGAAAUAAUUAAAAGGGAAAAACAUGUUGGAAAAACAAAAGUAGAUUGGACCCCGAUGUUGUAAUAAAAUGUGUCUGACUACUAAAAUUCUGGAGGAGACGCGGUGAAGGAUGAGAUAGCGUAGCGUUAGCCGUGACCUUGGAAUAGGUAAUAGUGAAUGUCGUAUCGCUGUUGCCGUGUUGUAGAGCUCUUAUUGACUUUAAGCAGAAAGUGAUACAAAGUGCUACGCUCCUGUGAGUAGUGUAAUGUGUCUGUAUUCUAGUACCUACUUGAUUUAGAAGGAUUAUACGCCAUCGUGUUGAGUAACUGUGGUUCAAAGGGAAAUUGCAGUCAUUCGAUCUCGGCGCACACUUCUUCAACGAAACUCAGUCAAGCACAGGUACUCUACUGAACAUGACAGGGGGCUUUCGGGCCGCUGUAAGUGGCUUUUUCUCAUGAUCAUGUCACUUGCCACUUUAUAGAAAAGGACUUCCCACAGAAGCCUUCUUGGGUACCUGUGUUUAAAAGGAAGAAAUACAUGUAGCAGAGAAUGAAAAUACUAUAUGCUGCAGACGGAUGUUAUAAAUUAGGAAGCAGUGAUCACUGUACUGUAGGUGUGAAAGGCAGCUCUUAUCCAAGGUGCACUGAUGUCCACACUGUAGAUGCUCUUAGAGGGAGCAUGAGUGUGGUUGGGCCUGGUCCCCAUUGCUGUCUGUUCUAUGGCUGUGUGGUGAACACCAGGGCCGGAGCCACAGGGGCACUAGAUCCAGCUGAUUGGUCCUUGGAGUCCCUCCAUCCCUGUCAUUGGCUAAUGAUAAGGUUGGUCCCUCUGUACGAAUUAUGGCCCCAAAUCCUAGAAUUGCCCCUGGUGACCUCUGUUUAAAGGUCAAUCUCUCAUUAAAACAGCAAGGUGGAGGUGGGGCAGUAUGUAAUAGUCUUUGAAGACUUUGAUCCUUUCCAGCACAACUGAAGGGUGAAGAGCAGCAGAGUUGAUUAAUAAUGACAACAAGAGGACACAUUCCUCUACCCCACCAGUCACACUUCUACGAAACUUAGUAUUAUGGGUGUCAGGGAUUUAUAGAUGAACGCCUGAGUAGCAUGUUCUUAAACACCACUGAAAUGUCACCGAAACAGCGUAGGAGAGAGAUUAUGACUCUGAGAAGCCCAGCUUCUGCACAGAGCUGACCAGCUAACUGCAUGGCGAGCAUAGAAGCACCCAAGCCAGAAGGAGAGAACCCUCCCGCUCUGAUCUGUGGAACAUCUCAAGGCCUGAAAGCUUCUGCAGUUACUUGUGUACCUGCAGGGGGCAGGUAGAGAACGGAGAACGGUUUGAUGAAGAAUAGGAGCGAUGCAACCCGAUCAGACCUCACUGACCUGGCGUAAUAAGGCCCAACACACAGCCCAGCAUCAGCCUGGUGGGGGGGGGGGCACUACUUGAACGAAAUAUACUGACAAAUACCACCUCACUGGUCCAAUAAAAAUCUCGUUUAUGUAUUUGCCUAACACCACCCAGAAGGUAUCUUUCACGAAUUUGUACAGCCGUAUAUUUCAUUAAUGCAGUCCGGGCUAAGUAGCACUCAAGGGUACAACAGCAUCACCCUCCGUGUGACCUGAAACCUCUUAGUUAUUUUAUCAGUGGCUUCAGCAUUAUGCUCUCAGUCUGGAAUCUGAGUGGGAGAGGGAGGGGGAAAAUCUCACAUUAAAACUUAAUAAAUAAAUGGCUUCUCGAACUUAAUGAGAUCCUUUAAAACAUUCUUAUGUUGUUAAUGUUUGUGCUGCGCCUCCAGGUUCCUGAAAUUCUGCCCUGGAGGUAGAGGUAAUGAUACUAGCAUUCUGGGUAAAGGCCAGCAGUCGGCCACAGCAGGCUCGUUCAUCUGACAGAGACAACGUAGGCUUCGUUUUAUCAGCUACAGUCCAUCCGAAGUUCUCGUUAAUGAAAGUUUAAUUACUUAUAUGGCGUUCUUUAUUCCCAGUGGCGAGAGCGGCUGAUCGUCUUCAAUCUCUGUGUGGUCUGUGUUCAAAUAAUAGGCUGGUGUGUAUGACGGCGGGUGUGCGGGGGUCUAUGGCUUAUGGCCCACCCCCUCAGAAACCACAAGGCCUAGACAAUCCAACUAGAGUAGAAACGUCCAACUGCCCCGACUAAAAACGGACUGAAUCGAGAUUCAAAGCUGCAGUUAAAAUCCGUCAGAUAUUGGGUGUGGUGUCAAUGUGGAUCAGUGCUUUUGGUGUUAAUGGGCAGCAAGUAGC